CAUAUACACCUCCCCUCUUCCCUCCCAUUUCCCCCACCCACACACACACCUCCUCGCCAAGAAGUCUGAUCUUAGGCCGUCACACGCACCAAACUCCAUCAGUUCUCUCCACGACAACUCAAGCUAGCUGAGGAUUGUCGAAUAGCAGCACAAUUUAAGUGAUGGCGGUAGGCAACGGCGGCGCCAAGAAAGUGGUGGCGCCAAUGGAGGUGUCGGUGGAGGCCGGGAACGGCGGGGACGAGGCAUGGAUGGACGACGACGGCCGGCCACGCCGCUCCGGCACGUUCUGGACGGCGAGUGCGCACAUCAUCACGGCCGUCAUCGGCUCCGGCGUGCUAUCGCUGGCCUGGGCCAUCGCGCAGCUCGGUUGGGUGGCCGGCCCCGCUGUCAUGCUCCUCUUCGCCGCCGUUAUCUACUACACCUCCACCCUGCUCGCCGAGUGCUACCGCACGGGUGACCCGGCCACCGGGAAGCGCAACUACACCUAUAUGGACGCCGUCCGCUCCAACCUUGGUGGUCCCAAGGUCAUCUUCUGCGGUGUCAUCCAGUACGCCAAUCUCGUCGGCGUCGCCAUCGGCUACACUAUCGCCUCCUCCAUCAGCAUGCGGGCCAUCAGGAGGGCCGACUGUUUCCAUGCCAAUGGACACGCCGACCCUUGCAAGAGCUCCAGCAACCCAUACAUGAUCCUCUUCGGCCUCGUGCAGAUCGUCUUCUCGCAGAUCCCCGACUUCGAUCAGAUAUGGUGGCUAUCAAUCGUCGCCGCCGUCAUGUCCUUCACCUACUCCGGCAUUGGACUCUCCCUGGGCAUCACCCAAACCAUAUCCAAUGGUGGAAUCAAGGGCAGCCUCACAGGCAUCAGCAUCGGCGUCGGUAUCACGGCCACGCAGAAGGUGUGGCGCAGCCUGCAGGCAUUUGGCGACAUCGCCUUCGCCUACUCCUUCUCCAACAUCCUCAUAGAAAUCCAGGACACGAUCAGGGCGCCGCCGCCGUCUGAGGCGAAGGUGAUGAAGCAGGCGACGCGGCUAAGCGUGGCGACGACGACAGUGUUCUACAUGCUGUGCGGGUGCAUGGGGUACGCGGCGUUCGGCGACGCAGCCCCCGACAACCUCCUCACCGGCUUCGGAUUCUACGAGCCCUUCUGGCUGCUGGACAUCGCCAACGUGGCCAUCGUCGUCCACCUCGUCGGCGCCUACCAGGUCUUCUGCCAGCCCAUCUUCGCCUUCGUCGAGCGCUGGGCUGCGUCCACAUGGCCCGACAGCGUCUUCAUCUCCCGCGAGUUCCGGGUGGGGCCAUUCGCGCUCAGCGUGUUCCGGCUCACGUGGCGGUCGGCGUUCGUCUGCCUCACCACCGUCUUCGCCAUGCUGCUCCCCUUCUUCGGCAACGUGGUGGGACUUCUGGGAGCCGUCUCCUUCUGGCCGCUCACCGUCUACUUCCCCGUCGAGAUGUACAUCAGGCAGCGCGGCGUGCCCGGGAGGAGCACGCAGGGGAUCUGCCUUAGGAUGCUCAGCGUCGGAUGCCUCAUCGUGUCCAUCGCCGCCGCAGCGGGCUCCAUCGCCAACGUUAUCGAAGCGCUCAAAGUGUACAAGCCGUUCAGCGGCUGAUUAGCACCACCUGCACCAAUUCCCCUCCCUACCGAAAUGAUUAUAGUUGAAAACAACUAUAAUUAUUUACAUACAAAGGAAGUAGUUAUAACUGUAUGCAAUACAUACAUUACAUACACCGCUAAACGUUCGCCGAAAGGCCCUUGUUGAACCUAGUUAUAGUACCUAACGGACUGGGCGGCCUUUGGUUGCAUUUUCUUGGAAAAUGAGGGGCCUAUGCUGAACGGCAGGAGGUGCUCUCUGUAACGAAGAGUAAGAGCGUAGCGUGCCCUAUGCAAAAUAGUUCCGUUCUUUGUGAA